AAGUAAUGAUAACAAUCAACACAAAACACAUACAAACUGUACGCCAAAGUGUGUGACUGAAUGAGUGCGCAAUGAAUUGACCAUUUGAUCCACUUAUAGCUCAUAUAUAUAUCAUAUAUUAUAAGCGAUGGCCGAUUACGAAGACGAGAUGGACACCGAUGGCAACAAUGGAGAAGUGAAUAACGCAGAGUUACCGUCGAGUUCAACACAAGCAGUGGCCGGACGUAAACGGUUUGAAGUAAAGAAGUGGUCAGCCGUUGCGUUGUGGGCCUGGGAUAUAGUGGUAGACAACUGUGCCAUUUGUCGUAAUCAUAUUAUGGAUCUGUGUAUUGAAUGUCAGGCCAAUCAGGCCUCUGCUACCAGUGAAGAGUGUACCGUUGCGUGGGGUGUCUGUAACCAUGCCUUUCACUUUCAUUGUAUCUCACGAUGGCUUAAGACAAGACAGGUCUGUCCUCUCGACAACAGAGAGUGGGAGUUCCAGAAGUACGGUCACUAAUGAUCAACAUUUGACCUCUGAUUGAUUGAUUGAUACACUUUAACAACACUUAAUAAACUUAUGAUUUCAUUAUUCAAAUACAUUUUUUGAUUGAAAUAUCGAUAAUUUUUAUUAUUAAUUAAUAUUUAAUAACUAA